GCGACGGAGGUGGUUUGCCGCCGCUGUAGCUGGUCGAAGGGAAGCUGAGGCCCGGCCGGCGCGAAGAGAGACGGCAAGAUGUUUUACUCGGGGCUGCUGACCGAUAGGAAGGACAUGGACGUCAGGGAAGCCGCAGCCCUCCGACAGCAGAGGAGGAUGAAGCAGGCCGUUCAGUUCAACCACAAGGACUCCGCCGAUCUGCUGCCCUUGGACGGGCUGAAAAAACUGGGAACUUCAAAAGACACGCAACCACACAACAUUUUGCAGAGACGCCUCAUGGAAACAAAUAUGUCAAGAUUGCGGCACAGCCGAGGGACGUGCUCUCAGAAAAAUGAUCUCUCAGCUCAGGCAAAUAAACUGAAUCAAAUGAAACUGGAUAGUCCCCCCAAGACAGAGGAAGAGGACCUCAUUCUCAUCUGCUGCCAGUGUAAUGGGAAGGAAUUGCAAGUUGUGGUUGAUACUGGAUGCCAACGCAAUAUAAUUUCUUCUGCGUGUCUGGAGAGAUUAGGGCUAAAAGAGCAUAUGAAAACCUGCAAAGCAGAAGGUGAGAAGAUUUCAUUGCCACAUAAUAUGAAAGCGAUUGGUCAUCUGGAACAUCUGCCUCUUAUAAUGGGGACUGUCCAUGUAGAUUGCUCUGCAGUUGUUGUGGCUGAAGGUAAUGAGAAAAGCUUCUCCCUGGGAUUACAAACACUGAAAUAUUUGAAGUGUGUGAUAAAUUUGGAGAAACAAAAUCUGAUCGUGGGGAAGACAGACAAGGAAGAAAUUCCUUUUGUCAAUAAUGCUUCUAUUCAUGAAGAGAACACUGCUGAUGCAUGAAGAGAAUAUAAUGCUGACUUUGGAGAAAGAGAAAUACUGUCUGGUUGAAUAAGAAGAUGUCAAUACCAAUAAUUUCAACCUGCUAGACUACAGCUAGACUGUGGCUAAGUGAAACAUCAUCUAUUUUUCAGGAGUUUAGGACAGCUUCAGACUUUCAUUUAUCAUAUUGAAAAUCUGGGUUAUGAUCUGUAAAUGGACACUUAAGUCCAGUCUUUAAAAUGGUGUUCACGGUAUAGCCAUACAAGUAUGAAAAUAUUUAUUUUUCCAGACUCUACUGAAAUCUAAUUUUUGUUACAAAUGGAUUUGUGAAAUAAACUGCCUCCUGCAAAAUUGGCAUAGGGGAGAAGACAAUUUUGUAACUUUCUUUUUGGAACCAAUUGUGUUUAGCUGCAAUGUUUAGUUUCUAUUAAUCAGCUUUACAGAGCAUACUUUUCAGUGGUUAAUAAUGAAUUGUUUGAUAUCAUUCUUUCAUCUGAGUAAUUCAAACAAGUUGUGGAGGAUUCUUUUUAUUUAAAGGAAUAUAGUUUGCAUUAAUAGUUGAUGGUAAUAAUACAACUUGAUCUAAGGUUCUUACUGAGUAGCAUUUUACUUAUGGAAAUUGUUCUUUGGGUGGAAAUGGAAAGAGGCACCAUUUUCACCUAUUUGCUCCCUCUCUUCUAAGUUCCAAAGAAUUGGUAGACUUUCAAGACUAGUAUAUGAUUGUAAGGAGAGAGUGGGCCUUCAGGGAAGAAGGAAAAUCACCUCCCUAAUUUCUUCCAGUAGCAGAUUCACAGAUUUCUUUCCACAAAUGAAAAGAACCCUUCUAUUCUCAGAAGGAUUACUUUGAAUCAAGUCCUUGUGUAUUUCUCAGAAUUUUCAGAACUUUCCUUCCAAAUGAAAUGUUGAUGUUAACAGAGAGAAGUUGGAAGCCAAAUUUUAUUUUUUAAAUCACAAUACAGCCUUGAAGAGAAUUUCAGUAUCUGCUAGUUUCAAUGCUAACAUUUACUAUAUGAAUAUAAUCAUACAUUAAUUUUGCUGCACAGCAAUAUAUAACUAAAUUUGAGAACACAAUUAGUCCCUUUUUUUGCUUGCCUAGUAGCGUUCCGGAUUUAAAUAUGGAUGCAUCAUUUUAAUGGCAAGGUACC